AUGGUGGUGAAAACUAAAAUUGAAUUAAUCAAUGGACAACAACUUUGCUACGAAAGUACUUUAGUGCGAUCUGUUCUCAAUAAUAAUGGUCUUCAAUUCUACUUGAUUCAACCUUUUCUUCAGGAACCUCAUCUUUCUCCCUACACGCAAGCGUUGAUGAAAAGGCGCGGUCGUUUUGGGUAUCUUGAAUCAUGGGAAUAUCGAAUGGUGACCACGUAUGAUGUGCAUUUUUAUGCUUCUUAUGCGAUCGCCUCUCUCUGGCCGGAUUUGGAGUUGACCAUCCAAGCGGAAUUCACUGAUCAAGUCGGACACAGCGCCGAGAAAGAGAUUCGCUUUCACAUGGAAGGAGACAAAGCACCACUCAAAUCGAGAGCUCGCGUACCGCAUGAUUUGGGAAAUCCAGCGCAAGAUCCCUGGUUGUUGACGAACGCUUAUGUGAUGCACGACACUGGAAAAUGGAAAGAUCUCAACUUGAAAUUCGUGCUCACUUCAUGGCGUGACUAUGUGAUUCUGACAGAAAAGAACCGCAAAUUUUUGGAUCAUGUCUACCCGGCUGUUAAGUUGCUGAUCAAUGAUACGCUCGAUUGUUGGGAUCAAGACCGUGAUGGAAUGAUCGAGAACUUCGGAAAAGCCGAUCAGACGUAUGAUGCAUGGCAGAUGGAGGGCGUCAGUGCUUUGAGGGCGACGAUCUACGAGUUGAACGUGUGCAAAUUUGGCGAUGGGAAGAUGGGUGCCGUGAAUGGAAUGAGACCCGAUGGGACUUUGGAUCGAGCUCGUGAUUCGUUGAUGGCCAAUCAAUUGUGCGGGAUAUGGGAUAACUCAAAGCCUGAAAAGGCGUUUGACGCUUACGUUUACAUGAGG